AUGCCGUCGCCGGCUGUGUCGCCGCAGUCGUCGCAGCAGCUGACGUCUGGCGUCGUUGCCCUUCCGCUUCCGCUCUCGCCGGCUCCUCCUGCGGCAUCGGUCCCGCUCCCCGCUCCGCCACCCUCCUCCCCUCCACCUCUGGCGCCUCCUCCGUUGUCAUCAUCGGCCGUGGCACCCCCCAUGCUCCACCCCUUUUUCUCAACUUCCCUCCGCCUCUCUUCCUCCCGUCGAGCCUCCGCAGCAGCAGCAUCCUCUCACGAUGAGCGGUGGUGGAGUGGUGAGAUGUGGGAGUCUCCCCCCCAGCCCGUAACCUUGUGGGGCCGGGAGUGGGACAUCGAGUCCGACUUCGUGAAAGACAUCCUUCGCUGGGAGAAGCGCAUGGUGGCGGUUGGGGAGUGCCUGUCGCACGUGGCAAUGGUUCUCAAGCAGUUGCACGCAGGCUUGAUGGCGCGAAACCUCGUGCUUCGUGAUCCUCAGCUGACAGAGCCCCAGCAGGGUGUUUUUCGCGAAGCGGUGGCGCACUCCUCCGUUUGCCCCUAG